AUGUCUAGAAGACAGUUGAUUGGGGAUAGUCAGCCGGGCAGCUCACGUGUACCGGAAGGACAGUUUGUUCAACAGGGCGGACAAGAAGGCUCACGUGGACAGUUGUCAGUUCAUAAUCCGUUUUUAGAUCAUGAUGAAUUACAUGAUAUUUCUCAGAAUGGGAGUGAGGCUUCGUUGUUGCAUGGUUUGGAUGGCCGUGGAGAGGAAUUAAGGGGCGGAGGAGGGGGAGGUGGUGGAGUAUCUGAUUAUCGAGGGUACUAUUCUCGGCAGGCUGCUGGGAGUGGUGGUGGUAGUGGCGGUGGUAGUGGCGGUGGCGGAGGAGGAAGUAGUAUGAUGGAACAACAAAUGGUGAUGGAUGUUGAUGGACAACAACCCUUUCCUGGGAGGGCCAUCUCGAACAGUGAUAUUAUGUCGCCUCCGGCUUUUGAUCGGUAUCCGAUGGUUGGGUCGCGGGUUACGUCGAUGGCGUUGAAUCCAGGCCAGGGGCAGAUGCAAGGACAGCAGCAAGGUAGUGGUGGGUCUGGGGGACGGCACGGGAGUAAUUUAUGGGGCUCAUGGGGAUCUGAAGAGAAUUCGAUGUCUUCUUUGACAUCAUCGAAUCCGUUCUUGGGAGAUCAGGACUUUUCACCUUUUGGUGGGUAUCCUGCAUCUUCCUUCCCAUUAAUGUUGGAUGAGAAAGAAGAUGAUGAUUACUUACAUAAUCCGGAUCCUGAGGAGGAGGCUCGGUUGGAUAGACAAAGAUUCAUACUGGAUUUCAAGCACAUGGACAAACGUUCUGCAGGUGGGUUUUUUGGUCUCCUGUUCAUCUUUAUUGGAGGUCUUGUUAUGUUUAUUGUUCUACCAGUGUUGACAUAUACUGGAGCAGUAGAUAAACUGCAUGGUAAUACAGUUGAAUUACUUUCCCCUUAUGAGUAUCCACAGUUAUCGGCUAUUAGAACGAGUCUUGUAGAUCCUGAUACUCCCCAGAGUGCACGCACAAGAAAAGCUAAAGAUGGAUCAGAUUGGCAGUUGGUCUUUAGUGAUGAAUUUAAUGCUAUAGGUCGGACUUUCUACAGUGGUGAUGAUCAAUUUUGGACUGCGCCUGAUAUCCAUUACGCUGCGACAAAUGAUUUAGAAUGGUACUCGCCUGAUGCUGCUACGACAAAUAACGGGGUAUUGCAAUUACGAAUGGACGCCUUUAAAAAUCAUAACUUGUAUUACAGGUCGGGUAUGCUUCAGUCGUGGAACCAAAUGUGCUUUACACAGGGUGCUUUAGAAAUAUCUGCUAAUUUGCCAAAUUACGGUCACAUAGCAGGGCUAUGGCCUGGGUUGUGGACUAUGGGUAACUUGGGUCGGCCAGGAUAUUUGGCUUCGACAGAGGGUGUAUGGCCUUAUUCAUAUGAAGCGUGCGAUGCGGGUAUCACUCCAAAUCAAUCUUCAGCUGAUGGUAUUUCCUAUUUGCCAGGUCAACGUUUGUCAUCAUGUACCUGUGAUGGUGAGGAUCAUCCUAAUCAAGGCGUUGGUAGAGGGGCCCCUGAACUCGAUAUUCUUGAAGGUGCUACAGAUACUCAUAUAGGUGUAGGUACAGCAUCUCAAUCCAUGCAGAUUGCCCCUUUCGACAUUUGGUACAUCCCAGACUACGAAUUUGUCGAAAUUUACAACACCUCAAUAACUACUAUGAAUACCUACUGUGGUGGUCCUUUCCAACAGGCAGUUUCAGCAGUGUCUACUUUAAACACUGCAUGGUACGAAUUUGGCGCAGGAGCUGGAUAUUUCCAGAAAUAUUCAAUGGAAUAUUUAAAUGAUAACUCGAAGGGUUAUGUGCGUUGGUUUGUCGGUGACUCGCCAACUUUCACCGUUUAUGCGUCAGCUUUACAUCCAAAUGGUAAUGUUGACUGGAGAAGAAUUAGCAAAGAACCAAUGUCCAUUAUUUUAAACCUUGGUGUUUCUAACAAUUGGGCAUACAUUGACUGGAGAAUGAUUUUCUUCCCAGUAACAAUGUCAAUUGAUUAUGUUAGAUUGUAUCAACCGAAAAACGCUAUAAGUGUGACCUGUGAUCCCAAAGAUUACCCUACUUACGAUUACAUCCAAAAUCACUUAAAUGCUUACUUUAACCCUAACCUAACCAAGUGGGAGUCCGCUGGCUAUUCGGUGCCCAAGAAUAUGUUGACCGGUAACUGUAAAACGUCAAAAAAAAUAAACUCGUAG